CUCCUCAACGCAAGGCAAAUAAAGCAGCGCAAGACCUCAGUGGCCAAUAUGAAUGGGACUGUCCAUGCAGGAAUCAGCCUCAACACCAGCAACUCAUGGCAGGUGGAGGCAGUUAGGGGCGUCCAAAUGGCAGCUACUCUGGUUAUCUUCCUGGUUGGCGUUCCUCUGAAUGGGCUGGUGGUUUGGACACUUGGACUGCGGCAUAAUCGUCACCUGGCACGCAGAGGCAGCUGUGAGGAGACGCGUGCUGCCAGCAGUUUCAGGAUUUAUGUCCUGAACCUAGCCCUGGCUGACCUGGUGCUGCUCCUGCGCACCCCCAUAAUGUUGGGCUACGUGGCUCACAACUACAGCUGGCCGUUCGGCCUAGUCUUCUGCCAGCUUGUCAUGUUCCUGCGAGGCCUGGGCUUGUACGCCUCUGCCUUCCUCCUCUGUGCUGUGGCCCUGGAGCGAUGCCUGUGUCUGCUGAAGCCUGUGUGGGCUCGCCUGCGACGCCCCUCUUGGGCUGUUCCUCUGGCCUGUGGCCUCAUAUGGCUGUUAGCCACCAUCUUCUCUGCCCCCUACCUCCACACUGCUGUGCUGAUCGACGUUAACGGGACACUCCAUUGCAGAGAGAGCGGGAACUUUGACAUUGGGCUGUUUGUCACAGAAACAAUAGCAGGUUUCAUCUUGCCCCAGCUGGUGUUCCUGGGAAGCAACCUGGCUGUUGUGCUCACCAUUCAGCAAGCAGUGCCCUUAACACCGACAUCCUCCAACCCUUCCAAUGCCCGCAGGAUGACCAGAAUGUACCACGUGCUCUUUGCCACCAUGCUCCUCUUCCUCACCUGCUGGGUGCCAUAUUUUGUUUGUCGGUUCCUGCGGGCCUUGGCCGUGGGGCGCCCUGAACGAUUGACACUGUAUAUCCGAGCAUCUUGGGGCGUAUACGUAUCUCUGUUCCUGGUGUACAUCAAGUCCGCUCUCAACCCGGUGCUGUACGUGUUCGCUGCCCGAGGCUUAAGUCGUGCCAUCAAAGCUUCAGUUGUCUCCACCCUAGAAAGACUUUUCAAUGAUGACUCUUCAGAGUCAUUUCGAAGGAAGUCACUUAAAAACUCUCUUAAAAACUCACAGAUGUAGCCAGGAGUUCAAAAAUGCAUUAAUGUUGUAGUUUUUAUAUUAAAACCAGACAUUUCUUUGGUUUUUGUAAAAUGAGAAAUCGCUUUACUGGUGGGUUUCUCCAUUUGCUCAUACCCACCAAAAAUGAGUAAAUAAGACAAGGACAGUUUUUAGGUGAAGUUACUGCUAAUUAGCCACGGCAAAUGGACAAAUAAGUCAAUAGCAUUAAUAUUACACUCCUUGUAUGUAAAUAUGUGAUCUUGAUAGAUUUGACCAUAAGAAUAAUUUCAAUUUUUUUUUUGCAAUGUCAAAAGCAAUUGCGUUUUUUUAACGUUAUUUUUAUUAAAAUGGUCUUAGCUGGGUCAUAGUUUGAUAAUAGUACCACAUCUCAGCUCCUCAUGAAACAUGAUUCCUCCUCCUGGUUUGAUUUAAAUUCUUGGAUCAAUGGUUCCAGAAACUGGUUUGAGAUUUCAGAGACAGAGUGUAUCUCCCAGGAAUUGACAAAUAGGAGCGAUACAUCUUUCAUCAGACACUGACACAAGCCUGGUUCCUCAACUGUCAGCUGAGAACAAGAAGAUAUAUGACUGCAGGUGUCAUCAGUGAAAGUACAUGACUGAAGACUCCAGAAAUGCUGCUUCUGUUACAGCACGCUGAAGGCAGGGUCAUAAUUGGGCAUACAAAUGAAUUCAUGAAUCAUCUUGUCGAUUAGUUUCUUGGGCAGGGAACACUUUGAUGGUAAAUAACGAGCCGAAUGAAUCCAGGAUUAUUUCAAUGCCAAUUUCCUAGCCCCAGGAGAGUCUUUGUUAACCUUUGGAUUCCUCCAAGAUGACUCACUGUUAAGCUUGCUCAUACUACCUCUGCUAUGUUUCAAUGAAUGUUAUCUUAUCAGAAUCAAUAUUGAAUCAGAUCCAUCAACAUGAUCACCUCCUGCUCUAUAGACUAAACACCUCAUACUGAGCAGGAAGUGAACAUGUUGCAGGAAGAUCCUCUUAUGGUGAAUGCACCACUAACAUGUCUGACUUGACUUCAGUUAUUCACAGAUAGCUUUAUGUGUUUUUUGUUAAAACUAUAUUAUAUAUUCCAUCAUUGUUGACAAAAGGGAUGAAUGGUCAUGCUUUAAAUGUGUUUAAUUCCUACAUUAAAAUGUUAAAGGUC